CGUAUCUUUUCGUACUCUAGUAUUAAGUAAUGACAAAGUCGAAAAUUAAUACCAAAAUUAUAUUAUAUUUUUAAAAUCUCAACUGUGUCAAAAUGGAAAAGUUUCUUGGAAUGGAAUGGAGGGAGAGUAAUAUUUCAGUGGUAGAAUAUAUAUUUUCCAAUUCGGGUAGUUCCAAUUUUGCAGUGCUUCUAUACCUCGACACUGUGUUUAAAUAGAACAAAUUCAGCAGCGCCCUUCAUAAGCUGUUUCGCAUUCAUUCUGUCCUCUAGGUGUUCUAUCUUUUGUCUGUGUGAAAAUCUCCAAAACUCCGAGGUAAAAAAAGAGAGGAGAAGACACCGGCAAAGAACAAGAAUGCCGACGAGGAAGCCGAAGGUGGUGAUAAUCGGAGCAGGAAUGGCGGGCCUCGCUGCUGCAAACAAGCUUUACACAGCUGCAGUUUCAAACGGGGGUCUAGAGCUUUGUGUGGUGGAAGCUGGGAACCGUAUUGGCGGGAGAAUCAACACAUCUGAGUUCGGCGGCGACCGGAUCGAGAUGGGCGCCACUUGGAUUCAUGGAAUCGGCGGCAGCCCAGUUUACAGGAUCGCUCAGGAAAUCAACUCCUUGGAAUCUGACCAGCCAUGGGAGUGUAUGGAUGGUUCUUCUGAUGACAAGAAUGCAGAGACCGUAGCUGAAGGUGGGUAUCGCAUAAAUUCCUCCAUUCUUGAUCCCAUCUCCAGUCUUUUCAAGAAACUCAUGGAUUCUGCCGCUGGAUCUUCUCCCAAUGGGGUCUCCGAGAGUAAUCUCAGUCUGGGUUCUUUCCUGAGGAAGGGGCUCGAUGCUUAUUGGGCUUCGAACAGCGUCGAUGACGAGGAGGAGAUGCAAGGGUUUGGUGGUUGGUGCAGGAAAUCACUUGAAGAUGCAAUCUUUGCAAUGUUUGAGAACACCCAGAGGACAUACACAUCAGCUGGUGAUUUGGGGAGUCUUGAUUUCGUUGCAGAGAGGGAGUACCGCAUGUUUCCAGGGGAGGAGAUCACCAUUGCCAAGGGCUACAUGAGCAUUCUUGAGUCCUUGGCAUCUGUGUUGCCACCUGGUUUGGUCAGGUUAGGGCAGAAGGUUGUGAGGAUAGAGUGGAACCCUAAUGGGGGUGAAAAUGGUGAUUUCACAAACAUGCCAGUGAAGCUGCACUUUGUUGAUGGGUCAGUGAUGUUUGCUGACCAUGUGGUUGUCACAGUCUCACUUGGGGUGUUGAAGCAUGCAAUCAAACAUGAGGAGGAAUCUGGUGGCCUGUUUGAUCCUCCACUCCCCAGUUUCAAGACUGAAGCCAUCUCAAGACUUGGUUUUGGUGUGGUCAACAAGCUAUUCUUGAAGAUUGACCCAAACACCACCAAGAAUUUCCCACACUUGCAGAUGGUAUUCCACCAAACAAGCCCUAAAAUUGACAACCACCACCAGCUGCCGCCUUGGUGGAUGAGGAGAACCGCCUCGCUAUGCCCGAUCUACAGUGAAUCAAGCGUCGUCCUGGCUUGGUUCGCAGGAAAAGAAGCUCUGGAGCUCGAAUCUCUCGAGGAUCAAGAAAUCAUUGAUGGGGUUUCGGAGACAAUCUCCAACUUCUUGCCCAAUCUGCUCAAACCCCAAAAGAGCGCUCAAGAGGUCUGCAACGGGCACAGAAAGGGUUCGGAGAUUGGGAAGGUGUUGAAGAGCCAAUGGGGUAGUGACCCACUCUUCUUGGGGUCAUACAGCUAUGUGGCUGUGGGAUCAAGUGGAGAUGAUUUGGACACCAUGGCUGAACCACUCCCAGCAAAUCUUCAUAAUGCUUCUUCUUCUUCUUCUUCGCCACCGCCGCUUCAAAUCUUGUUUGCAGGGGAAGCAACACACAGAACCCAUUACUCAACCACUCAUGGUGCUUACUUUAGUGGCCUCAGAGAAGCCAAUAGGCUCCUCCAACACUAUCACUGCACUGAUGGUGGUGCAUGAACAGCUGGUCUUGCCCUGUUAUUGUCUAUUUUAUCAGAAGAAACUUAGGCAGGUUUUAUUUCAUUUCAAAUCUGUGGUCAUCAAGUAUGAAUCUCUACAUUCAUUUGGAAAUCAAGAUCAUCUCUGUCAUUUUUAGUCUCUAUAUAUUUUAAAUGUUUUAAGAUAAGGUUUACUUUGGUGGGAUUCAUUGCCAAUUCAUCUCCACAAGCACUUGAUUGUCCAAAAUUAGUUUAUCACUAUGAAUGAAUUCAUGUUACAAUAAAGUGCAAAAGUUUUG